GUAUACCUACUAGUUCACAUUGUCGCCCUAUUAUCAGCGUGCCAAGCUCAGGAAUAUUAGAAGUUACCGAUAGUCUGUCUCUACGAUAUAGUAGAUAUAUUUAGGUCAUCUAUUGGAUCCGUGACGUCCCGCGUCCCAAUAUUGUUUUAUUCGUCUAGUACACGAGCGGCGCAGGCGACGCUCGCAACUUUUGAGCGUUCAUAGUUGUGUUAUUUGUUUUUUGUUAUAAUAUUCGAUAAACGUGCCUAAUUCUAAAAAAGACUAAUUAUGGCGUAUACUUGGGACAGCAGAGUCGCUUUCGUAGUGCGUUAUCUAUACGAUAUCGACAACAAUGGCUAUUUAGACGCGCACGAUUUCCAAUGCCUCGCUUUGAGAACGUGCGUGCUAGAAGGCAAGGGAGACUGUAGCUCGUCACGCCUGCAGAAGUACCAGCACAUCAUGCUGAGUCUCUGGGAGGAGAUCGCUCAGCUGGCGGACUUCGAUAAGGAUGGAAUAGUAACAGUCGAUGAAUUCAAAAAGGCAGUACAAAAUAGCUGUAUAGGAAAACGUUAUGAAGACUUUCCACAAGCGAUGAAAGCUUUUAUAGAGACGAAUUUUAGAAUGAUUGACAUAAAUAGUGAUGGAAUUAUUGGCAUUGAGGAGUACAGAUACGAUUGCGUACAGAGGAUGGUGGUAGACGACAUUAAGGCUAUAGAUGAUGCGUUCAAUUCCUUAUUAAAUGACGAUGAUCGACGAAAAGGCGGCAUCGCAUUGUCGAGAUACCAAGAACUAUUUGCUCAGUUCCUCAGCGACCAAAGUGAAGAUUGUCCAGCGAAACUACUCUUCGGACCUUUAGAAUUAUAAUCCUUAAAACAAAAUUUAUUAUGAACUGAUAUUGAAAUAAUAUACACGUAAUUUAUUAUAAUAAAUUUACGACAUUAAGAAUGCGCGUUCUUGUUAAGAAAUGACAUACUUAUAUUUAAUUAUAGAUACGAUAGUUCAAUGAUAAACAUAUAAUUAAAAUAAAAUUAAAACUAACAUAACUUUGAUUAACGUGUAUAAAGAACGCUAGGUAAGAAUUUAAUGAUAUUACCGUAAUAUUUAUUACAUUAUAAUACGCAAAAUUCCUGACCUAUAACGCUCCGGAAACCGUGUGUUUUAUUAAUAAAAUAACGAAUCAUAGAAAGUUCCUCUGAAAAUAUAAUAUUACCGCAUCGACACGCAGCGUGUAAAAUUAAAAUUAGAAUAUGUAUUAAAAAAAGAUGCAUCAACAGUUCCCACUAUUUGUAAAAUUUUGAUAUGAUCGAGUUCUGUUCCGUAGCAAAACAUAAUAAACACUCCAUACAUUUUUUUGUAACUUUAUUCUUUAUGACGGCCAUUAUCGAUAAAAUGCAUAGGGAUUUUACCGUCCCAAAGAUGGAACGAUAGCAAUUUAAUUCUUAAUUAUGAGGUGGCUUUGGCACUCUGAAAGGCCUGAAAUGGGUAUGCGAUUCAAAACUGAAAUAUAAGUCAAUUAUGUAAAGGUAUUAGAUAUAAGUGUUAAAAGUUCUGUUUUUUUUGUGUGUACAGUACAUUUUUUAUUUAAAUAUUGAGUGAAGUGUUGAUCGUUGUUGAUUACAAAAAUGGAUUGUUGUAACAAUGUUCGUUGUUUCUACUUUUUUAAAUAUAUAAAAUGUUUAAAAUAAUGUUAUAAUGUCAUGUUAUAUUAAAUAGAUUGUUAUCUGUAUUCCGUCGAUCACGAAAAUGACACAUGUUCAAUCUCUAGUCGUCUAGAUAUUUAUUUUUUGCAGUGUUUGUAAAUAUCGUUAUAAGUAAAAUCUAAAAAAGUUAAUAAAAGAUUUAAAAAAAAUACAA